CAGCGGGAGAGGCUUUCCUUCAAGCUGUUAGUGUUUUAUCCUGGCAGGCUCCUCGAGGUUGUUGUGAGGAGUCUAGCCAGUUGGUGAGCUUUGUAAUCUAAACCAGCUGUCCCAGGCUGAGGCCCCCAUUUGCAUUGUUUAACAUACUUAGAAAAUGAAGUGUUCAUUUUUAACAUUCCUCCUCCAAUUGGUUUAAUGCUGAAUUACAGAAGAGAACUAAGCAAAACCAGGUGCUUUCUCUGUAUUCUCUCCAGUGUCUGAGGAGGUACAGACGGCUCCCGAUCUUCUCCAUUACUUGCUAUUUCAUUCUUUGGACUAUAAAUGACUGACGAACUGAAGUGCUAGCAGAGGGUAAUGUUUGGAAAAACUUUCUAGUUAUUCAUCAGCACAGACUCUGGUUUUUUUCCACCUUUCCCUAACGGUUUUGGACAUGCAAGGAUUAAAAAGGAUACUGACUGCUUUCACACUGGCCGUCUGCCUUUCAAGCCCUGGAAAAGCACAGCAACAAUGCACUAAUGGGUUUGACCUGGACCGUGCCUCUGGGCAAUGCUUAGAUAUUGAUGAAUGUCGAACUAUUCCCGAGGCCUGCAGGGGAGAUAUGGUGUGUGUCAACCAGAAUGGUGGCUAUUUAUGUGUACCCCGAACAAACCCAGUGUAUCGAUCACCAUAUCUGAACCCUUAUUCAAAUAUUUAUCCACCGCCCCCAGCACCAGGCCCUGUUCCCAACUACCCUACUGUUACAAGACCUCUGAUCUGUCGAUUUGGUUACCAGUUGGAUGAAAACAAUCAGUGCGCUGAUGUGGAUGAAUGCGCUUCAGAUUCUCACCAAUGUAACCCCACCCAGAUCUGCAUAAAUACUGAGGGGGGCUAUACCUGUUCCUGCACUGAAGGCUACUGGCUGUUAGAAGGCCAGUGUUUAGAUAUAGAUGAAUGUCGCUACGGCUACUGCCAGCAGCUGUGUGCCAAUGUGCCCGGUUCCUACUCCUGUACGUGCAACCCAGGCUUUACCCUUAACGAUGAUGGAAGGUCAUGCCAAGAUGUGAAUGAAUGUACAACUGAAAACCCUUGCACUCAGACCUGUGUCAAUACCUAUGGCUCUUUUCUCUGCCGCUGCGAACCUGGCUAUGAACUGGAAGCUGAUGGAGUUAACUGCAGUGACAUGGACGAAUGCAGCUUCUCAGAGUUCCUUUGCCAGCACGAAUGUGUGAAUGGGCCUGGUUCUUACUACUGUAUCUGUCCUUCGGGCUAUAACUUGCUUGACGAUAACAGAAGCUGCCAAGAUAUCAAUGAAUGUGAAAACAGAAACUUCACCUGCACUCCACAGCAAACGUGUUUCAAUAUCCCAGGAGAAUAUAAAUGUUUAGACCCAGUACGAUGUGAGGAUCCUUAUGUCCAAAUUAAUGAGAACCGCUGCAUGUGUCCAGCUGAAAACGCCGGGUGCAGAGAUCAGCCAUUCACCAUCUUGUACAGAGUGAUGGAUAUGGUGUCCGGGCGGUCUGUGCCUUCUGACAUUUUUCAGAUGCAAGCAACAACUCGCUACCCUGGAGCCUAUUACAUCUUCCAAAUCAAAUCAGGGAACGAGGGCAGGGAAUUCUACAUGCGGCAAACCGGACCAAUCAGUGCUACUCUGGUGAUGACCCGCCCUGUGAAGGGGCCCCGUACUAUUGAGUUGGACUUGGAAAUGAUCACUGUUAACACCGUCAUCAACUUCAGAGGAAGCUCUGUCAUCCGGCUGAGGAUAUAUGUAUCACAGUACUCCUUCUAAACCUUGAGUUUGUGCUCUGGAAACAUUAAAAUCAAAGAGACGGUUCUUCCUCUGCAGAACUCUCCUCAGAAGCCAGUACGUAUAGCAGCUCCAAACCAAAUCAGUAUUUCCACAGACCUGUGACCUAUGUCUGUCUGAGGAGUGAGGCCUCUUCAUGCACAGCCCCUACCAGGCUGCAGACACCUGAAGAUGUAUUGUCAGCAGAUCCCAUAUGAUUCUCUAUGUGGUCAUAUAUUUUAAGGAGUCUUCUUUCCAUUGUAAACACUUCUAGGGUAUGAGUCGUAUGUUUGAAAGACUGUGAACCUUUGUAGCUCCAAGGCUGCUUAGCAAAAAGCACCAAAGAAACUGAGGAAAAAGCUGGCUUUUGCAAUCUUGCCUUUUUUUAUUGUUAUUAUUAUAAACAGAAAGCAGACAAACAAGCAGAAAAAAGAAACAAAAAGCCACCUAUUGAAACAAGGGAUCUCAGAAGUGCUAACUUACAUUCCCAAUUAUUGCUGGAAUUAUCAGUCAGGCACUUUGUCUCAAUUCACCCUGCAUUUGUCUUAGUUUCACCUGUUCUUUCUUUGAUUCCAUUUUAUAGUUAAAACUCAUUGUAAAUUCAUUCCAAAAUACAUGUUUUACUAUGUAAUCUACUUUCUAAUAAGAUGUCACAUGUUUGGGUUCCUUCCUGUAUUAAAUCUUUCUAUAUAUAACAGAGUUCAUAGAAAUCUAUCACUGGAUGGUAUGUUUUACAAUAUUUAGGAUGCUAUGCUUAUUUAAACCCAGGCUCUUUGAUACAGGCCUCCACUGCCAGAAUAGUGUCCAGGAUUUUUAGAGCAGAUAAACCUCAGAACUUUAUUUUCCCAUUUUCCUGAGUUUGGUAGUUGCAGACAGUUUGUAACGGUUAUAAGGUAGUGAUACUAACUCCGUAGUUAAGGCUACAACUAAUGUCCUGUUCAAAGACCACUCAGGUCAGGCAGUACAAAUUCCUUCAGAAAAAAUUAAUUGUUCUGUUCACGUGCAGUCUCUCUCCUGCAUUCCUAACACUGGGGAGAAUAAGCUGAAAAAGACUUGGACCAGUCUUAUCGUUCAUGCCUCUGCCACAAAGCAGACCCCACUAUACCAGUACCCAGACCUCAAAUGAUGGGAUCCCAGUUUCCAUAGGCAAUGUCUUCUCAGGUAUAACUGCUGUAACCAAUAGAAAGUUUCUCCUAAAGUCUAAUCUGAAUCUCUGCUGUUGUAACUUAAAUCCAUUGCUUUUUAGCCUACUUCCAGUAGAAACAGAGAACAGUUUAUCUUCCCCUUUGCCACAGUCUUUAACAUGUCUGAAGGCUGUUGUCAUGUCUCCCCUCAGACUGUUCCUCUCUAGUCUAAACAAAACCAAUUCUUUUGGUCUUUCCUCAUACAUCACAUUUUCUGGACCUUUGAUCAUUCAUGUUGCUCUCAUCUGGAUUCUCUCCAGUUGGUUCACAUCUUUCUUGAAGAGCAGUGCCCAAAACUGUGAAAAGUAUUCCAGCUGAGGCCUCACAGUGCUAAGCUAAAUCUAUAUAUAUGUUUAUGAGUUAAAAAAAAAAAUCUAAAUAAAAAUUGUAUAGUUUGGAGGUAUAAUGCUUAUCUUGUUGAAGCCACUGGCAGUUUGGUCUUUUAUUUUAAUAGGGAUGAGGGUUCAUAUGCCUGGUUCUUAAAUUUCUCUGAAGCAAGCUCUUCUGCUUUUCCCCUUGCUAUUUUCCUUCUUGCCUUAUUUGCCCUCUAGCAUUGCCAGGGCAGGAAAGAUAACCUUUGCUUUGUCUUUUCGAGGGCUGGAAUUGCAUAAUGCUACUUGGCAAAAGGAGUUUAUGAAGAUUAUAAUGCAAGCAGGCAGGAGCAGAGUGGAAGCAUUAUGUGAGGUCUUCAUUAAAGUGGAGUAUUAAACUGGAGAAUACAGACUCAGAAAGUUAUCACAGCACAGACUGCAUGACACAAUCAGAAAAUUGACUCUUGUUCCUAAUAAGCUUUGUGAGUUGUCUGGAGCUGGUUUUCCCUAGCUUUAGCAGAGACUUUGCUCUUUUUACUUGUACUCAGCUUGAAGGAAGCCCUGAUGCAAUGGCUGACAUCAAUGAAACACUGAGUUGAGUGUUCUUUAGCAGCUUCCGUUUCUUCAUGGUUUAAAGUUACCUCCACGCUGCCACAAUGUCCUGCAAUCCUGUGGCUCACAGUUCUGUACAUAGGCUGUCCUUUAUUGUAAAAACAAAAAGGCUGGAGAUGGAUUCCAAGAUUUAGCAGGCCAAACUGAGGGCAGGAAGCCAAAGAGUUUUGUGAGUAGCCAACUUGGAGGAGAUAAAUGUGGAGGAAAUGUGGA